AUGGCCGACACAGGUCUCCCCGCUGGCUGGGAAGUUCGCCAUUCGAACUCUAAGAAUCUUCCAUAUUACUUCAACCCAUCUACGAAGGAGUCUCGCUGGGAACCCCCUGCGGAAACUGAUACCGAGAAACUCAAAGUCUACAUGGCGCAAAACCACACCCCUGCUGCUCGCCCUGACGCCUCUGGCGAAGGCGAGGGCAAGAUUCGUUGCAGCCACCUGCUCGUCAAGCACCGUGAUAGCCGCCGUCCCAGCAGUUGGAGAGAAGCCGAUAUCACUCGUACGAAGGAGGAGGCCAUAGAGAUCUUGAAGGGACACGAACAGCGCAUUCAAUCUGGAGAGAUCAGCCUCGGCGAUCUGGCAGUUGCUGAGUCCGACUGCAGCAGUGCCCGAAAGAAGGGUGACUUGGGCUUCUUUGGCCGUGGUGAGAUGCAGAAGGAGUUUGAAGAUGCCGCUUUUGCCCUACAGCCUGGCCAGGUUAGCGGUAUCAUCGAGACAGCCUCUGGAGUCCACCUGAUUGAACGCGUCCAAUAA